GAAACUAGCCAAACAAAUGUCAGUAGUAUCUUUUCAAAGCUUGGGGGACACUGGGCUGUGGGUUGUCAGGGGUAUUUUGUUAUUUCGUUUUCUUUCUUUUCUUUACCCCAAUUAUAUUAUUUUAUCCCGAGUGAAAUGCAGCUUCAUCCCUCUAGUUUGCAGCGCAAGGAUGAUCAGAAAAUCCUGGGGAUAGAUUACACUAAUUUGAAAGCUUUGUGCAGAAUCCACGGGCUUAGACUCAGAGACAGCAACAGAUACCAAUCAACUGAAGAGGCCCAUAACGAUUUCAUGAACUCCUAUCGAAAUAUAUUUCUCCUGCCAAAGAAAAUGGUUGCCCGGAACCCUUUCCAGACAGAUAGCAAAGUCGCUCCCGGCCCUGAGAAGCAGAAGGCCAGUGAGAGCCAGGAAGUGAACAGGAACCAAGGUCACGGGAGACAGACUCAAGAGACACUCAUCAACCAAAUGAUCAAAGCCCUUAAAAAGUUCCCUAUAGAGCGGUCCCAGUUGGAGCACCAUUCUAUCCAUAAGAUGCUGAAGGUGUUCCCGUGUCUGACAGCCCACCUCUCCAGACAUGAGUUACAGCAGAUCAGCACCAUCGCCAUCAUAGAGACCUGGGAUAGGGCACAGAUCAUAUUUGGACACAAUGGAUUCUACCUCAUCCUGAAAGGUUCAGUAGCUCCGUACACUCAAGAAAGAUCCAAGGAGGCUGUUGAUCCAAAGGGCUCAGUGAUAGGUGUGGGUGGCAGCUUUGGAUCGUUUGAACCUCGUGCAGGUACUGAGGCAGGCAUCACCAUCCAGUGUACAUUAACACAGGAACCCUGCGAGAUCCUGAAAAUCUCCCACUCAGGCUACGCCAAGCUGAAGAAGGAGAUCUUGACCCAGAACUAUGCUCUGAAGGAAUCUCUGAUCCAGGGUUGUCACUUCUACCUGCAGUGGCCCAAGCUCUCCAUCGAUAGGCUUGCCAACCUCAUCCAGAUGAAGAACUUACCAGCCAAACACGUACUGGCGAAGGAAGGUAAGGUGUGUCCCUUUGUGGCCUACAUCCGAGAGGGGGAGUGUAACAUCCUCCAGGACAUUAACUCGCUGAUGAGGACCCCACAGGAGAAGGUGUCGGUCUGCGGCAGCAGGAUAAAGUUUGUUGUCGUGGGGAAGCUCGGACCAAUGGAAUCGUUCGGUGAGGUGAGCAUCCUGCUUGAUCAGCCCUCCCCCUGCAGCAUCGUCACGGCGACAGAGGUGCAAGUAGGGAUCAUCCAACCAGAUGCUCUGAAAGGACUUGAUUCAGUGACAUCGGCACUGAUGUUACAAACAGCACAGCCGACUUACGGGAAGUUGAGUCAGGAAGAGAUUAACAAGGAAUACAUCAGACAAGAGCGGCACAAGGAGUGGGACCACAUAAAGAAGAGAGUGUUGUCUGAUGCCCUGCUCUACAACGGGAUCCAGCAGGGGGACGGGAAGUGGACCUUCAAUAGGGGAGGUGGAAGAAGACCUGUGGACAAGAGCAACCCCCAUCCAAUAAACACAGCACACACACAAGCACCCCAGCGUAUACUGCCUGCUUUGACUCCAGAUGUUACAACAACAACGCAAGAAAACACAGGAACUGACAUUGCCAAACCCUAAUUUGCUGUUUAAAAGUAUAACUCCAGUCCCAUGCUCCAAUCCAACUUCUGACACCACACCCUCCAAUAUCCCUCCACAUACACUUUCAUUCUCUGCCUGUAUCUUUGGACCCAACGUACAGUGACCACUCCAGAUGUACACUAAUAUAGCGUCAAAGAAAAUAAACUCUUAUUCUCCCCAGCUUUCACUCUCACUCAAAGCCUUUGAAAUAAGAGGCAGUUAUUGUCAAUCAGCUAGCAGCUUUCACUGCAGUGCUUCCUAUAUCCCUGCCAGGGCCAGAGGAACUCUUGAGGACAGUGACACAUCAUGUUGUCUCUCACCCACUUAGUAUAACGUAACCAGACAUGUCCUACGUGUGCAAAUACAGAGCCUGACCCAGUCCAAAACAACCCACCAUAAACAUACACCCCCAACACAGGCCAAAACAACACAGCCGUAUUGGAUCUUAUACUUGUGUGAAACAGUGUUGGGCAAGACAGGCAACAAGUCCGCAAUGACAUAUAGAGCCCAACACAACAUCUUGUUGCGCAGAUACUGUGAAUACUGUAGAGAACGGAAAACAAUUCUUUAUGAAAGAGACAAUGCUGAACCGUAUCAUAGAGAAACUGAAAUGACACUUGACCGUAUAAUUAGUUUUAUGUCUAAAUAUUUGGGUCGAGACAUAGACUUUUUAGAUUGCUGGGAUCUGUAUGGAAACAGAAACACAGACCUUAAAAUACAUGGUGUUUGUUUAGAUUUGACAGACCGCAACUGACCUUGACAGAGACUGUUUGUUCCACAUUCCCUAAGGAAAAUACCUCUUUAUUGCCUCUUUGUAUAUAUUUUUGUUUUCUCCUCAGAUGACAGUUCUGUACUGAAAUGACCUACUGAAAUUGUCCCUCGGUCUGGAGAAUGAUUUGAGAUGAGAAUGGGCUUGAAACGAGCUGUGGUAAAUGGUAUGGUUUUAUUGUAGCAAAUAUUGUAGCAUCUCCUCGUCUGCAUAAGCCUAAUUUGAUUAAAUGUUUUUGUGAGUGUGUGUUAUGGAAAUUUUACCUGCAUAGAGAUACAUUUAGCAAUUUGUGCUCUAUUCAUUGGUUAAUCUUCACCUUUUAUCCCCGCCAAAAGUGUUCCUUCAUGUUAGCAGAGAUUUCAGAAACUCAAACAAAUAGCUAAUUCCCAAGAUGAGUGAGGCUCUUAACCCUUAACAUUGACACAAGUAAGAUUAAUUAUGCUUUCACGUGGUUUUGUCCACACACGCACGGUCAUUUCACACAGUCCAAGAGCUGCUUUCAAUACAAUGUUUGGCAGGUUAGGUUGGUGAGGUGAGAUGUUUUCCCUCAAGGUGCAGGGGGAAAUGACAAAGCUGUUUCCUUUGUUUGGACAAGGCCCCGUGAGAACGUAGUCCAAGGCUAGAGGAGAGGUGUUGCAUGUGUCUCCAAGGCGAGAGGAGAGGUGUCACCUAGGUGUGGUGUGACACAGUCACGGUAGGGGGUGUUACUAGGAAACGAGGUGAUGAAGCCUGAGAUAUCCCAUUCACUUCCCAUGACCUCAGAACAGGACAUGCUAUCCCACACAACACUUUACUGGACUCCAGGGCAUUUCACCACAUGUGUAUAUAAAAAAUGGUAAUAGCCACGCAUUGUGGAGUUUUCAUUAAGCCUCCUCUUAUCUGUAAAAUAACAGAAUACUGGUCAGAUAAUUGAUUGCUCAGAUCAGAUGAUUAUUCCAAAAAUGACUGGUGCAUAUCUUGUUCAAUUACACUGCAUUUAUUUACCUGUCCUUGAGAAUUUAAUUCUCCUGGCAUUUAUUUCCCCUGGGAUUUCAUACAACAUGUUAUAAUAAACACAGUGCAGGCCAUAUGGAACAUGGGAUAGACCUAAAUGGCACCCUAUUCCUUAUAUAGUGCACUACUUUUAAAUAGAACCCUUAUGGCCCUGUUCAAACGUAUUGUACUGGGGAAUAGGGUGCCAUUUGGGAGACACCCACUGUCUUGGGCCUGUCAAGGUGAUCCAUCAUAGCUGCUGCUGACCUGUUAAUUUCUUGUUUAUUAAGCAGUAGAGAGGCUGGAGCUCUUCCCAAGGAUAUACACAUCACACAUACUGUAUGGGAGUUGUCUGCCUGGCCGUGUCAGUGGACCUAUUGACAUCAACCAUUGUUUCUCUACUCUGAGAAAGGAAACCGUAAUAGUUAAACACAGCCAAUUAUCUUGGCACAGAGUUUUGUCUUCUUGAUAAUGAACUCUAACCCCUGAAGUUGGGGGCAUAAUCUAUCAUGGCUCUCUCUGCUGUGUGUCCCCAAGUAGGAAAAAGCACUCAAGUUGUUCUAUAGCAAAACGAAACAAAUAGCAACUGAUUUGUCCCCCAUAAAAUGCAGGGGGCUUGUUUGGCUGGGAAUUCGAAAUCCAUGUUUCCUGGUUGUUAGAUGGCAAAUUGUUUGUCAAGCUAUAGGAUCUUCAAGUAUUUUGAUAAUUUUCCAUUCCUGUUUUAUAUAAAGUAGUGUCAAGACUUGUCAUGGUUCCAGAUAUACCCUAAGUGCAUAUGGGAGAAUGUCAGAUAUUGUUUAGUUGAAGGCUUAUCUUCCGUACUGUAUGUGGACAUCAAUUCUCUUCCACCCACACACACACACACACUUUCAUAACACAAGGUUACACUAAGCGAACUGGGUCAUGACUCAUGUUCAGGCCUGAUGUCUGCUAUGUAGUGUUGUGUUGUCUGUGUCUCUGUAACCUACAUCUUACAUCUCAAUGGGAUCUCUCUUCCAUAUCUCGUGGUUUCCAUUUAGCUCUACUAUGUCUCUGUCUGUUGUCAAUGCAGUGUCACAGAGGACCAACCCCAGGGGAAAUAAGGAUGCCCCUCUCAUUGUUUCCUACAUCAGCAGACAGAGGCUGCGUCCCAAGAUGCACCCUAUUUCCUAUAUGGUGCACUACUUUUGACCAGGGUCCAUAGGAUAGUGCAUAGGGAAUAUGUUGCCAUUUGGGACACAGGCUGAGAGGUAGCUAGUUAAACCAUAUGGGACAUGCUCCACAUCCCCUCAGAAGCAGGCACCUCAAAUUCAUUUCCUAUCAUAAGAUUAGAUUGGUAUCUGUGAUGUUAUUGUCUUCUGACAGGUGGCGUCACUCCAACACGACGCAAAGUCAAUGCGCUAUCUGGUGUAAGACAAUGUUGUGAUGUUGGUUAAUGCAUGUCUUGAACAGUCUUUUUGAUGUGAUGCAUCUAUUUUGUGUACCUCAACGCUGUGGCAUUAAAGGCAAAGGCAGGUUUGAGUCAGGUUGAUGUACAAAAGAGUACAUUUCGUCAGAACAAACUUGAUUCAGUUUGAGUUUUUCAGAAUAAGUAUAUUCUUUUGUUCAAAGGGCAGUGCAGUCAAAAACAUGAUUUCCCUAUGUUUUAUAUACACUGAGUAUAUCAAACAUCAGGAACACCUUCCUAAUAUUGAGUUGCACCACCAGUCCCCCCUUUUGCCCUCAGAACAGCCAUACAGUAUAAGUUAAUACACAAAUAACAGAGUUUUCCCUCCUCUCUGCCAAUAACAGCUAGUUUUCAGAUUACACAUCCCUCAAAUCAAAUGUAUUUAUAUAGCCCUUCGUACAUCAGCUGAUAUCUCAAAGUGCUGUACAGAAACCCAGCCUAAAACCCCAAACAGCAAACAAUGCAGGUGUAGAAGCACGGUGGCUAGGUAAAACUCCCUAGAAAGGCCAAAACCUAGGAAGAAACCUAGAGAGGAACCAGGCUAUGUGGGGUGGCCAGUCCUCUUCUGGCUGUGCCGGGUGGAGAUUAUAACAGAACAUGGCCAAGAUGUUCAAAUGUUCAUAAAUGACCAGCAUGGUCGAAUAAUAAUAAGGCAGAACAGUUGAAACUGGAGCAGCAGCAUGGCCAGGUGGACUGGGGACAGCAAGGAGUCAUCAUGUCAGGUAGUCCUGGGGCAUGGUCCUAGGGCUCAGGUCCUCCGAGAGAGAGAAAGAAAGAGAGAAUUAGAGAAAACACACUUAAAUUCACACAGGACACCGAAUAGGACAGGAGAAGUACUCCAGAUAUAACAAACUGACCCUAGCCCCCCGACACAUAAACUACUGCAGCAUAAAUACUGGGGGCUGAGACAGGAGGGGUCUCUCCCAUUAGGCUCCUCCAAUUAGACCCCUCUUUCAGACCACUCCCAGACAGUCCUAGCAAAAAUCUUGCUUGAGAAAUGGCAUUUAGCUAACAACUUGUUUUUGUUUCUUUUUGACAAUGUUAAUUGAAAACAAUCAAAAUAAGAUACAUAAUUAUUGUUACCCAUAAAUUAUUUGAUAUUGACAUUAAAACACCUGCAUUAGAGCUUUAAUUUGUGAACAGAGAUACUCCUGCAUAUUACACCUAUUGUAUAAAAGAAGUGUAGACAUACAAACAAUGGUGGUUAGAACACACACUUAACUGUUGCCUGUACCAGAUGGGGGAGGUCAAGUGAGUCUGGGGUGGCAUCCUAAAUGGCCCCCUAUUCCCUAUAGCCCAUAGGGAUCUGGGCUAAAAGUAGUGCACUAUGUAGGGAAUAUGGUGCCAGUUGAGACUCACACUGGGUUCUAUUAAAUCUGUUUCUAAAUCGAGAAUGUACGGUUGAGAAAGGAAGAAAGUCCAAAACAAAAAAAGUGGGUAGCCUUUAGGGCAUUGGCUCUGUUGGAAAGUGGAACCAUAUGGUAGGAAGCAGCGUCGCCUGUUCAGUCGUCCAAACCAACAAAUACAGCCGUUUGGUGUGGUGACUCCUUCCAGACGGGAGUCAAAUGCUUUAGUGUAUUUCUGGUUUAGAGCACUUUCAAGGAAAGAGAUGGAUAUGAUUUUUGGCUGUGCUUAAUGUGUUUUAUUUACAUUUCAAUUUGGUUCUGAUGAUGUAAAAGAUGAAUGAUUGCAUACAAAUGCAUAGUCUAAGCAGAAAUUAUUCAAAGGAGCCACUAUUGUCUGUUGUCCGUGUAAUGCAGUAUGGAUCGCUCUUAACAUUGAAUGGAAUACUAUUAAAACAUUUUCCUCACAA